CCUUUUAUCAAAACCCCAAGCAAACCCCACAUUCCAUCCCCUCCUCUAUUCUCUUGAUCCCCUAGUGCUAAUUUGUCUCUCCCACUUUCUUCCUUUGGAUCUUCUUCUUCCCUAGGGUUUGAUUUGCAUAAUAAAUAAUUGGAAGGAAGAAGGAGGUCCAAAAAGUAAGUAUUUAAGGGCAUGCAGAUGGCACCUGUUUCAUUGCCUCCAGGUUUCAGGUUUCACCCUACCGAUGAAGAACUUGUAGCUUAUUAUCUAAAUAAGAAGAUCAAUGGCCAUAAGAUUGAUUUAGAGAUCAUAGCUGAAGUUGAUCUCUAUAAGUGUGAGCCGUGGGAUUUGCCAGGAAAAUCAUUAUUACCGGGAAAUGAUAUGGAGUGGUAUUUCUUUAGCCCUCGUGAUAGAAAGUACCCAAAUGGAUCAAGAACGAACCGUGCAACCAAAUCUGGAUAUUGGAAGGCAACGGGGAAAGAUCGAAAAGUGAAUUCUCAAGCUCGAGCAGUGGGGAUGAAGAAAACCCUAGUUUACUAUCGAGGAAGAGCACCCCAUGGAUCUCGUACAAAUUGGGUUAUGCACGAAUAUCGUCUAGAUGAGAGGGAAUGUGAAACCACUCCAAGCUUACAGGAUGCGUAUGCUCUUUGUCGUGUGAUCAAGAAGAAUACAGUGAUUGUGCCAAAAGUUGGAGGUCAAUAUAGUAAUCUUACAAGCCAUGCGAAACAGAUUACAAGCAACCAAUCACCAAGCGUGGAAGUAUACUCUGAAGGAAGGGGUGAAAGUUCAAAUUAUUUGAUGCAAAUGAGUGCUUGUUCACCUCACAAUAUGGGGGGUAGUGAGACUUCUCUUAAUUUCAAUGGUGGAAUAAGUGAUCAUGGAAAUUGGUCACAAUUCUCAUAUGAUCAAGGGCUUCCAACUUCAUUUAAUAAUUAUGGAACCAUAACAUACCCUCCCUCCAAGAUGGAUAUUGCACUAGAGUGUGCAAGGAUGCAACAUAGGUUGCCUCCAUUAGAGGUGGAGGACUUUCCACAAGGAAGCAAAACUAAAAAAGAUAUCUUGGAGGAAAUUCUUUCACUUAAUCAUGCUUCUCAGGAAUUGAUGAAUCACUCAAGUUAUUCACAAGCAUUUGGUGACAAUGAAAAUUAUGCUCCUUAUGAAGAUGAGUUUACUUUCAUGGUAGGCACAAACUACAAUCACAUAAAUGAUAUGAGCUCCAUGAGAUAUGUUGACAAAUCUUGGGAAGAUUUGAGCACAGGAUCCAUAGAGAUAGGUGGUCUAGAGGAUCAAGAGUUAAAGUCAAGGAGGAUGGUAGAGAAUUUGAGAUGGAUUGGAAUGCCAAGGGAAGAUUUGGAAAAGAUGGAACAAAAGAUUGUCCCAAUCGAGGAUAUUUCAUGUUUCCAAACUUUAAGGGAACAAAAUGGCAUGCAAGAAUAUGAGCAAAACAAUGGCAAUUACCUCGAGCAAAAUGACACUUAUGUCAAUGAAUUCUCAUUAGGCUUCAUUAAUGAUGGUGACCCUAAUGAAAUUUUUAUAGAAGAUGGUAACAUGGAUGGUUACUCAAAUUCUCCAAGCUUUGAGGUCAUUGAAGAAAUAAAGGUUAGUCAUGGAAGAAUGUUGGUUUCAACUCAACAAGUAGCCAUGACAUUGUUUCACCAAGUUGUUCCUUCACAAACACUCCAAGUUCAACUCAAUCCAAACCCUAUAGAGAAUGUAGAGGAAGUGAUGAUGAUAAUGGAGAAUCAAGGGUCUUUCUUUAGGAAGUUCAAGGAAAUAGCAAGUUUGGUUGUAUUUGUAUUUUCACUUCUUUUGAUGCAUUGUGUUUAUUUGGAGGAAGAAGUGGAAAUAUGCAAAACAAACCCAAAUAUUGUGAAAGAGAAAAUAAUGAGAGAAUCGUAUGAGAGAAUCAAAUGGAAUGAGUCAAAAGAGGUUUGGUUUGUUGGUUUUAAAAGUGAGGAGAAAGGAUUAAGUGUGGUCUUGAAGAAAAUAGGCAUUUUCCUCACCAUAUCUUUGGCUCUUUGUACCUUGUGGGCUAGCCAUAGUUAACCCUUGAUCUUCUAAUUCAUUUAUUUUUGUCUCUAACUUAAGGAAUAGUUUGAAAAGACUCUAUUUGGGGUUCUCGUAGGGG